CUAACUGGCUCCCUUUGAUUCCUGGCUCCAUCAAAAUUAAUUUUGACGGUGCUUUCUCCGCCACCACUACGUCAGGAUCAAAAGGUAUUACAGCUAAGGACAACCUUGGAGUUGCUCAUGUAGCAAAAAUCAUUUAUUAUCCCUUUGCAUCGGAUGCUCACACCAUGGAAACCUUGGCUUUCAAAGAG